UUUUUGGUGGGAUAUACAAGCGGCAUCUGUUUAAGGUCUACUUUUAUGGUGGGAUGGAUAAAGCUUCAGCAGUAAGGAGAGAAAGAUAUGGAGAGGCAUAACUCUGGUUGUGAUGUGGUCUCUUUGGAAGCUUAGAAAUGAUUGUGUGUUCAAUGCAUCUAUAUGGCUGAGUUGUGUGAAGUAAUAAAGGUGAGAAUUGCAUUAUGGAUGAAACCAAGUUACUCAAAGCAUCAUUUCACAGUUCAGGAUUUCUUGCUUAAUCUGAGGCAAGUGAGAUGUUGCAUUAAAGGUAGAAGGGUGUAAGUUUCAGAAAGAGUGAAGAUUUUGGUGGUGGGGUUGAAGGAUUGAGCCACUCUGGAUGGUUUUCAUGCAAAAAAUGCCUUAAAUAUGACCAGACAAGUUGGAGGACAACGAAAAAGGUGAUCAUGAGUGUCAAGCCACGAUGAGCGGCCGUGUUACUGACAAGGUAGAAGGGAGGGAGAUGGACAUUACUCGAGUGCCUUCAUCGCUUAACCAUUCAGAGAACUUGCCAUAUGUUCACAAGGUGGGAAUACCUCAGAGGCAAAACCUUUUGAAGGAAUUCACGGCUACUCUGAAGGAAACUUUUUUCCACGAUGACCCUAUGCGCCCAUUCAAGGACCAACCAAAGUCGAGAAAGCUAGUCCUCGGCCUCCAAAGUCUUUUCCCCAUUCUUAAAUGGGGAAGAGAAUACAAUUUCUCCAAGUUCAAAGGCGAUCUCAUCGCCGGACUUACCAUUGCUAGCCUUUGUAUUCCUCAGGAUAUUGGAUAUGCAAACCUUGCAAAUCUUCCAGCCCAAAAUGGGUUAUACAGUAGCUUUGUUCCACCUCUGGUGUAUGCCAUCAUGGGCAGUUCAAGAGAUAUUGCCAUAGGACCGGUGGCAGUGGUGUCUCUUCUGCUCGGGACCUUGCUGCAAAAUGAGGUUGAUCACAAGAAACCUGAGUAUCUGAGUCUUGCCUUCACAGCCACAUUCUUUGCCGGCAUCACUCAAGUAACUUUAGGCUUUUUUAGAUUGGGUUUCUUAAUUGAUUUUCUCUCGCACGCUGCCAUUGUUGGGUUUAUGGCUGGAGCUGCCAUUACUAUUGCUCUUCAACAGCUUAAAGGUUUGUUAGGCAUACGAAAAUUUACAAAGAAGACUGAUAUUGUCUCUGUAAUGCACUCCGUUUUUAGUACAGCACAUCAUGGGUGGAACUGGCAGACAAUUCUCAUAGGAGUUUCCUUCUUGGCUUUUCUUCUGUUUACCAAAUACAUCGGGAAAAAGAACAAGAAAUUGUUUUGGGUGCCCGCAAUUGCUCCAAUGAUUUCUGUUAUUAUCUCGACCUUUUUUGUGUUCAUCACCCAUGCUGAAAAGUAUGGUGUUCAAAUUGUAAACCAUAUUCAACAAGGUGUGAAUCCACCCUCUGCAAAUAAAAUUUUUUUCACAGGCCCAUAUCUUGUCAAGGGUUUUAGGAUUGGUGCGGUGGCAGGAAUGAUAGCACUAACGGAAGCGGUAGCGAUUGGUAGAACAUUUGCAGCCAUGAAGGACUAUCAGCUAGAUGGAAACAAAGAAAUGGUAGCGUUAGGAACGAUGAACAUCAUUGGCUCGAUGACAUCUUGUUAUGUUGCCACAGGAUCGUUCUCUCGCUCAGCGGUGAAUUUCAUGGCAGGAUGCAAUACAGCUGUGUCCAACAUAGUGAUGUCCUGUGUCGUCCUCCUAACUUUGUUAGUGAUCACGCCGCUAUUUAAGUACACCCCGAAUGCAAUUCUUGCUUCUAUCAUUAUAUCUGCGGUGAUGGGACUCAUUGACAUUGAUGCCGUGAUCCUCAUAUGGAAGAUCGAUAAAUUAGACUUCAUUGCCUGUAUGGGAGCCUUCUUUGGUGUUGUCUUUGCUUCAGUUGAGAUUGGCCUCUUGAUCGCUGUCACGAUAUCAUUCGCUAAAAUCCUCCUGCAAGUGACAAGGCCUCGGACUGCUAUACUGGGAAAGCUCCCGAGGACUACUGUUUACCGGAACAUUCAGCAAUAUCCGGAUGCAACGAAAGUUCCGGGUAUUUUGAUUGUCAGAGUUGAUUCUGCAAUCUACUUUUCCAACUCCAACUAUGUCAAGGAGAGGAUUUUGAGAUGGCUAAUUGAUGAGGAGGAAGAAGUAAAAGAAAACAACCAACCCAAUAUUCAAUAUCUAAUUGUUGAAAUGUCUCCUGUUACUGAUAUAGAUACUAGUGGCAUCCAUGCCUUGGAAGAAUUAUAUCGCAGUCUCCACAAGAAAGAUGUUCAGCUAGUACUAGCAAAUCCGGGGCAAGCUGUGAUUGACAAGCUCCAUGCAUCCGACUUUGCAACCUUGGUUGGGGAAGACAACAUCUUCCUCACAGUUGCAGAUGCUGUCUUAACUUGUUCUCCUAAGAUGCAAGAACAUUUCCUAGCUUAACAAACAAAACCAUCAUCCCAUGCAUCAUCAACGUCGAUUCAAACAAACUUUUAAAAAGAAACACUCAAAAUUAUUUCAACGUGCUUCGGCAUGAUAGAAUGAUAAUAUUGCAACCAUGUGUUUUGAAAGAGUCUCAAAAGAAGAUUGAGAAAUUGAACUGUAAAUGACAGUGGUGGCUUGAGUGUGCCCAAAUGGAGAUAG